UGGCACAGGCAAGCAGCACGUCGAGGUUUAGUUGCGUUUGUGUCGUCGUUCCGAUCGGAUCGUUGCUCAGUUUCAGCACCUAAGCAGGCGUGCGUGUGUGUCGUUGUCGUCGUCCGCUGCCCCGGUGACCGGUUUCGCUUCCAUACCUACCCCCCUCCCGUUGGCCCGUUGCUACUCGCGGUUAGGUGUGUACCGUAACCGUUUGCUUUCGCGCGCGCUCAAGUGUCUUUGCCGAGAGUGGUUCGCGCUGAACCAGCCCUCAAACUAGCCAGAUUUAAAGAUCAGCUCACAAACGCGAAAACAGGCACGAGCAGUACAAUAGCAAGAUGUCCGCCAAAGCAAUACGCGAAGCCACCGGCAAAGACAUUAUCAACCGUCAUCUACAGGGCGAUCAUGGGGCGGCCAAGUGUCGCUUUGCAACCGUGACCGAAACCACACAAUGGCAGCAACUGGUGCUGGACAACCCGUGGCUGGAGACCUCGCCUCUUGUGGUGAAACCGGAUCAGCUGAUUAAGAGACGCGGUAAGCUCGGAUUGAUUGCCGUUAACAAAAAGCUACCCCAGGUAAAGGAAUGGGUCAACGAACGGAUGGGCAAAGAUCAGAAGGUUGGCAACGCUACCGGCAAGCUGCGCAAUUUUAUCAUCGAACCGUUUGUUCCGCACAAAGAUAAUGAGGAAGCGUACGUCUGCAUCUACUCGCACCGGACGGCCGACACGAUACUGUUCUACCACCAGGGCGGAGUUGACAUUGGCGAUGUGGACUCGAAAGCGCUGAAGCUGGAUGUACCUGUCGGCAAGGACGUCACUGUGGCGGAAAUCGAAAAGGUGUUGCUGACUGAAAUCGCUGCUGCCAAGAAGCAACGAGUGGCCAGCUUUGUGUACAAUCUGUACCGAUUGUACGUGGACCUCUACUUUACGUACUUGGAAAUCAAUCCACUGGUAAUCACAGCCGAUUCCAUCUACAUUCUCGACCUGGCUGCCAAGGUGGAUGCUACGGCGGACUUUAUCUGUCGGCCAAAGUGGGGCGAAAUCGAUUACCCGCCACCGUUCGGACGGGACGCAUUCCCGGAGGAAGCGUACAUUGCCGAUUUGGACGCCAAGAGUGGUGCUUCGCUAAAGUUGACGAUUCUGAACCGGAACGGUCGCAUCUGGACGAUGGUUGCCGGUGGUGGUGCUAGUGUGAUCUAUUCCGACACGAUCUGCGAUCUGGGCGGCGCUAGUGAGCUGGCCAACUAUGGCGAGUACAGUGGUGCCCCGUCGGAGCAGCAAACGUACGAAUACGCUAAAACCAUUCUAAGCCUGAUGACCAGCAGCCCGAAACAUCCGGACGGCAAGGUGUUGAUCACGGGCGGAGGCAUUGCUAACUUUACCAACGUGGCAGCCACGUUCAGCGGUAUUAUUACGGCGCUGCGUGACUACCAGCAGAAACUGAUCGAGCACAACGUGUCGAUCUUUGUGCGCCGUGCCGGCCCAAACUAUCAGGAAGGUUUGCGCAAGAUGCGCGAGAUCGGUAGCAGCUUGGGCAUUCCGCUGUACGUGUUCGGUCCGGAAACGCACAUGACGGCCAUCUGCGGUAUGGCGCUGGGAAAGAAACCGAUUGCAAAGAGCAACAAUGUACACUUUGCCACUGCAAACUUUCUGCUUCCGGGCGGCCAGCAGGUAGCUGAAUCGUCCAAGAAAUCGUCCACCGGCAGUCAGGAGAAUGCAGCUAGCAGUGGCGUUAGUAAGAAAUUGACCUCACCCGCUACUUCCCCGGUAGGCGAAACUGGUGCGGUCCGAAUGUCUCAGGCAGAGAUCGGCUCGGACGCGUACCGGCAAAUGUUUACCAACCGCACCAAGGCGCUCGUUUGGGGUAUGCAAACCCGCGCUGUCCAGUCGAUGCUGGAUUUCGACUUUAUCUGCAGCCGCGAUGAACCGUCGGUGGUGGCGAUGGUGUACCCGUUCACCGGAUACCACAAGCAAAAGUUCUACUGGGGCCACAAGGAGGUGCUGAUCCCGGUGUACUCCAAGAUGUCGGAAGCCAUCAACAAGCACAAGGAGGCGGACGUGUUGGUAAACUUCGCGUCCCUCCGCUCCGCGUACGACAGCUCGAUCGAGGUGCUGGACUACCCGCAGAUCCGCACGAUCGCCAUCAUUGCCGAGGGCAUUCCGGAGAACUUGACGCGGAAGCUGAACAUGGCCGCGCGCGAACGCAACGUGUCGAUCAUCGGUCCGGCGACGGUCGGUGGUGUGAAGCCGGGCUGCUUCAAGAUCGGCAACACGGGCGGCAUGCUCGACAACAUUAUACAUUCCAAGCUGUACCGGGCGGGCAGCGUGGCGUACGUGUCCCGCUCGGGCGGUAUGUCCAACGAGCUGAACAACAUUCUUUCGCUGACGACGGAUGGCGUGUACGAGGGUGUGGCGAUCGGUGGCGACCGCUACCCGGGCACCACGUUCAUGGAUCACAUCAUGCGCUACCAGGCGGAUCCGGCCGCCAAGAUGAUCGUGCUGCUGGGUGAGGUGGGUGGCGUGGAGGAGUACGAGGUGUGCGAAGCGCUGAAGGAUGGUCGCAUCACCAAGCCGCUGAUCGCCUGGUGCAUCGGAACCUGUGCCGGAAUGUUCACCUCCGAGGUGCAGUUCGGGCAUGCGGGAUCUUGUGCGAACACGGAUCGCGAAACGGCGUCGGCCAAGAACAAGUCGCUAGCGGCAGCGGGUGCCCAUGUGCCGGCGUCGUUCGAUGCGUUCGGUGAUCUCAUCGGCUCGGUGUACGAGAACAUGGUGAAGGAAGGGCUCAUUGUACCAGCGGAGGAAGUUCCGCCGCCGACCGUACCGAUGGAUUACUCGUGGGCCCGCGAGCUUGGCCUGAUCCGCAAGCCGGCCUCCUUCAUGACGUCGAUCUGUGACGAGAGAGGGCAGGAGCUGCUGUACGCCGGCAUGCCGAUCAGCGAUGUGCUGCAGAAGAACGUGGGCAUCGGCGGGGUGGUGUCGCUGCUGUGGUUCCAGCGCUGUCUGCCACCGUACGUGUGCAAGUUCUUCGAGAUGUGUCUGAUGGUUACGGCCGACCACGGACCGGCGGUGUCCGGCGCACACAACACGAUCGUUUGUGCGCGUGCCGGCAAAGAUUUGGUCUCGUCGGUGGUGAGCGGACUGCUGACGAUCGGUGAUCGGUUCGGCGGUGCACUCGACGGCGCGGCCAAACAGUUCUCCGAGGCGUACGAUUCCAACCUGCAUCCGAUGGAGUUUGUAAAUUCGAUGCGCAAGAAGGGUCAACUGAUCAUGGGCAUCGGUCAUCGAGUGAAGUCGAUCAACAAUCCGGACGUGCGGGUGAAGAUCAUCAAGGAGUUUGUCAUGCAGAACUUCCCGGCCUACCCGCUGCUCGAGUACGCGCUGGAGGUGGAAAAGAUUACCACCAGCAAGAAGCCGAAUCUGAUCCUGAACGUCGAUGGAGUGAUUGCCACGUCGUUCGUCGAUUUGCUGAGAAACUGUGGCUCAUUCACAAGCGAGGAAGCGCAGGAGUACAUCAACAUCGGUGCGAUCAACUCGCUGUUUGUGUUGGGCCGUAGCAUCGGUUUCAUCGGCCAUUACAUGGACCAGAAGCGCUUGAAGCAGGGUCUGUACCGCCAUCCGUGGGACGACAUCUCGUACGUGCUGCCCGAGCAGUACAACUAAAGACCAACCCCGCCCUACAGUAGUCGGGGUCUUGGUCCGUCGGACGUCCGGAACAAGCGGGAACGAGACAAAGCACUUUCAUAAGCACAAGAGGACGACAGCGUAAAGUGAAAAAGGUUGACGUAAGCUGUUGAGAUAUUGUAGGAGAUGCGCAUCCAAACGCAGAACAGAUGGUGAAAAGUCGAUUCCACGAUCGCGCUGAGAAAGCUCAACCGCUUGUGUGGAGCGAACCCCGUACGCGAAUGAUGCAGCACAAUGCUGUACCCUUUCCAUUCCCCCCCCCCCCCCCCUUCCCACACACACAAACACACGCUCUAUUGGUAAAUAGUUUUACAAGAAUCUCUUUUUCGUUUUUGCAUAGUGUAGGACGUUUCGGAGCAAUUCUUUUCCCUAGGUUUUGUUCAUGUUGUGUGUUCCGUGUGUCUGUCUCCGUUCGCUUGUGCAACACAAUCAAUUUUACAUUCUCAACCAACGCGGUGCAUUUAUGCAAUGGGAAAGUUGCGCGGUGCAAACAACCAGUUUUUGUUCAUUUUCUUUUCAUUUAAAACGAACGACCAUUAGCUUCUUUAGAAUUGUUCCUAGUUAGGCGCGCGCUUCACCCUCCAAGAUACAGCUGGUGAGCGCUUAAAAACGCGACCGAAGCAGGCGACACAAUUAAGAUCGUUCGAUGCAAACAGACGCGUCUAGCUGGGGUUUCUUUUUAUCGGGCCGUAGGACCAAGGUGUUUAACAACUGACAAAACAAACAUACAAGCAAGCAAGCAAGCAAGCAGCGGUGGAAGCAAAACGAGACUUACUUUUAAUUUAUUUCAUCGCCCAUUAGCUUUCACAAUGCCUUUUCUUAUCGCUGCCCCCCCCCCCCCCCCCAUCUCUGGUGAAUCCGAUUCUUGAUUGUAACAACGGUAACACAUCAUCUGCCGAAGCAGCAGAGCAGCACACGUACGGUAGUAGAAACAAUGACGCCUAUAUUCCAUGAAUAUCAUAGCAAAAGGUGGCACACUUGGCAGGGGGAGAACAUGAUGGAACCGAACCGAACCGGCGAUGGGGCGGGAGCUGUGUCAGACACCAUUUCUAUUUAAAUUUGUUAUUAUUUCUUGCUCGUGUAAAAGUCUUCAUUGCGGUUUCUGUUGCUAAUUAUAAGUUAACACACGUGGAUAUGUUUCUUCUGUUUUAUUUGAAUGGAAAAAAAAGAUACAACAAAACAUAGUGACAAAGUA